GCCCAUUAAUAAUAGCCCAACAAAUUUUCUGCUUCCUACACCCCCAAAACAGAAAACAAGUAAAACUGGAAAAACAAAACAAACUAUUAUUCAUUUCUUCACCACUCACCGUCGUUCUUCCACCUCUCGUUCACCUCUCACCGGAAACCGUCGCCGUUAACCAUCGCCGUCGUUCUUCACCACUGUAUCAAUCGCAUCAUUUCUCAAGGUCGUCGUUCUCCACCACUGUCUUGAUUUCCCCACCAUCGUCGUUCUUCCAAUCGUCGUUCUUCACCUUCCACCACCAUCGGAAACAACCUCCACCACCGGAAACACUAGCCGCCGUUCUUCAUCAACACAAGGUCGUCAUUCUUCACCACCGGAGACACCGUCGUUCACUACACCAGCUCUUCACCACCACCGUCGUCGCCGUUCACUUCCAACACCGUCGUUCACUUCCAACGCCUUCGUUCACUACAACAUCUUCAACAAACAGCAACAUGUCGAAAUCAAAUCAGGUUAACAAAUCUAACGACGGGGGGCCAAUUCCAAACUUCAGUAUUGGACUUACGCAAUUAGAGCAAGAGCAAGCAUCUGAUAAAGGAAAAAAAAAGGGUAAAAAGAUGGAAAAAAGGGUUAACAAAUCUAACGACGGGCCAAUUCCAAACUUCAGUGUUGGACUUACGCAAUUAGAGCAGGAGCAAGCAUCUGAUGAAGAUAAAGGAAAAAAAAAGGGUAAAAAGAUGGAAAAGAAGAUGGAAAAAAGGGUGAAAAAAAGUAAAGAGUUAGAGCCAUUGCCAUCAUUCAGUAUUGGACUAACUCAAAUGGAAGAGGAGGGCAGGAAUGAAGAGGCUAAAAGUUCAGAUGUGGAAGAUGAGGAAAAUGCAAAGCAAAGACUGAGGCAUAAGAUGAGUAUACCUAAGGUAUAUGAUCUUAUGAAUUCAGUAAAUGGCAAACAAAGAAAGGAUGAGAUCAUUAACGUAUUGAAUGAAAGUGGCUUUGGGGGAAUGGUUCAUAUCUGGAACUGGAGCAGAGUCCAUACUUUCUUUGUGGAUUGGAUAGUUAAAAACUUUGACAAAGAGAACAUGUGGAUAACAUUAAGCAAGACCGAGGUACUUCCAUUGAAAGAGGAAGAUGUACAUCGGGUCUAUGAGCUUCCAAUGGUGGGGAAGCAGAUUAACCUUGAUCUCUGCUCUGUGGAAGCAAUUAAGAGAUUGAGGAUAGAAUUAGGGCUGAAUGGAAAUUAUUCUGCUUCUGUGAGGGUGACUGAUUUGGAGAGAAUAUUGAAGACUCAAGAGAAUCCAAAAGCUUGGGUGAAGGGUGCAAUAUGUUUUAUCAUUCACAAAAUUUUGUGCCCAACUAAUAGUAGCUUCGUAUCUCUCCAAUAUGCGCACAUAUUAGAAGAUCCAGCCGGGGUAUCUUCUUAUAAUUGGUGCUCACAUGUUCUUGAGUAUAUGAAAGAAGGCUUGCAAACUCCAGAAGUUGCAAAUCCAUUAGCGGACUUCCACUUUCUAAUGAUUAAUUACUUGGAGAAAAUGGGGAAGAGAAGCCCAUUCCUGACAGGAAAAUACAAGCGGCCUUCACUUCGUGAUUGGGAUGUCAAGGCGGCAAACCAAGACCUUCAGAAGGUCCAUGACCUUAUGGGACUCGAGCAUGGACUGACAGCCGGGGUAACCAGACUGUAUAACACCAAUGAAGGUCCGCAUGUAAUGUGUUUUGAUGCAGAUACCUGUCCACUCUCUAAGGCAAAAAUGCAUCUUGAUCAUUGUAGGUCUUGUAUACGGAUCUACACCUCAGCUGCGGAAACCUUGGAAAGAAGAAUAGCUGAGGGAAAUGUUGGAACUUCUGUGGAAAAUGAUGCAGUUAAUGGAAAGGAUCCAAUGGAAGUGGAACCUGAGAGGGAGAAAGGACAGGAUCAGAAUGAAUCAUUCAUACCACAAACAAGCACUCGAGGGGGAGAAAGGUUGAAUAAUGACAAAGAUGUAGCAGAUGAAAUUGAUGCCAAAACACUUGAUGAAUCAGUGAGGAAAGCAUGCAAUAUUGAUCAUUCUUUUACACAGGAAACAAUCUUGAAGUAUCCUGAGUUUUUUGAUGAUGGGGGAGAAGCUUCGAAUGCAAAGGAAUCAGUUAAGCCACAAUUUGAAAAAAGCAAUGUGAGGGAGGUGGAGAAACCAGAGAAGUUUCAAGAGUUUUUUGAUGGGGGAGAAGCUUCGAAUGCAGGUGAAUCGAUUAAAACAGAAUGUGAAGCAAGCAAUGUGAAGCAAGCAAACUUGAUGUCAGAGGAGAACCCGAAGGAGCAUAAGCCUUUGGAACCUAACAAACACUGUGUUAUAGAAGCAAUUCCGUUAAGGUCGGUGUUUCCAGAUGCAAUAAUCGACUUGGAUAAUGUCCAAACUGUGCAGACAAAGAAAAGAAAGAAGCAUGAUAUGCUUUAUUCCGGUGGCACAUACCCUGAGCGUAGGAGAGCUGUGAAGAAAUCAAAAUACCUUGCAAGCCCCUACGAUGAAGCUAUCUAUGAGUCAAAUGCAAGUAAGAUGCAGAAGGACAUAUCAACAUUUGCAUGGAGCAUUUCACAUGAUGAGGAGGAGCUUUUAUAUUGCUCGGAUAACAAGGCUCAUGCUUUCAGUCUACAAAGGAGAGACUUGUGGUCACUUCAAAAAGACGAAUGGGUGUCAUGCUUUGUGAUAAAUGCCUGGGUCGAUUGCUUAAACUGGAGUCAACCAAAUGCAAAAAUGACACGGCUGGUUACACCAUUCCUAAAUUAUGUUGACUUGCAAAGACCUGAUGAAAACCAUUGUAAAAGAUUCAUUGAAAGACUGAGAAACUUCAAAUACAUGGAUUGGAAGGCUAUUGACCCUACAUGUUUAGAAUAUAUAAUGACGCCAGCACUCAUUGGAGAUCCGGGUUUUCAUUAUGCAUGCUUCGUUGUGAAUUUGAAGAGUCAAAAAUUUCAAUUCCUGAACAGCUUGAAAGGAGAGACAUUGAACAUGAAAAAUGGCGAAGCAACUGUGUACAAGAAGAUGUUUGAUGUGUGGCUGAAGGAGGUGGAAGCAUUUGUGAUAGAAUUGUAUAGGAAAAGAAAAAUCACAAUGCCUUUCCAGUUUAGCACUUUCAAGUGGGAAACACCAAAGAUGCCCAUUCAAUGUGAUAAAGACAGUUGUGGGGUCUUUUGUAUGAAGUUUCUUGCUGAAUGGGAUGGUGGCAAUACUGAAAUGGAAUCCUUCAAAGAUUGGUCCAAAAUGAGAAAGCUUGGGAAGAACGGGAGGGUUGCAAAAACAAUGGAUUUGAGAAUUGAAAUUUGUUCAACAAUAUUAAGCGACUCAAGCAAUAGCAAAAGAACCUAUGUGGAGAAGGCUGCAACUUCAUACUAUAAAGAAUUGCUUCAAAAGCUAACACCGGAUUAGUGUUAAUGUUUUUUUUCUAUUGAGUUUGUAUAAAAAACAAAUAUUGUUGAACAAAUUUAUGAUGUUUAUGAUGUUUAUGAAUUUCUGAAUCUGUGUUAAUGCUUCAAAAGAUGUUUAUGAAUUUCGAUGAAUUUGCUCAAAA